UAAACUCCCCCUGCUGCUCCUGCUGAGACUCCAGAGCAGAAAGCAGAAAGAUCUCCAGGAGGUUGAAGAUAUCGGCUGGUCAUUUUGUCCAGAUUAAGGCGUUUAUUUCUCUCAUUAUGGUUCCAGUCUGCAGUGAGAGACGGGACACAUCAUGAAGUCCCUGCUGCUCCUCAUCUUCACUCUUCAUCUCACUUCAGCAGACAACCACUUUCUGGACUUCUUCUUCACCGGAGUCACACCAGGAAUCAGCUUCCCAGAGUUCACUGCUGUUGCACAGGUGGAUGGACGUCAAGGCGGCUAUUAUGACAGUAACAGCAGGAAAGUGAUCCUAACAGAAGAGUGGCUAAAGAACUAUACAGAUGAAGAGCACUGGAACAUGAUAACAGAGAUUUCACAUGGUUAUCAGGAAGCCUUCAAAGUCAGGAUAGCUACAGCAAUGAAGCUCUUCAAUCAGACUGAUGGGAUUCACACGUGGCAGUGGAUGUUUGGCUGUGAACUGCAUGAUGAUGGAACCAAGAAAGGAUACAGCCGGUACGGUUAUGAUGGAGAAGACUGGCUCAGUUUGGAUCUGAACACCUCCACCUGGACUGCAGCCAAUGAUAAAGCUUUAUUCACCAAAAAGGAGGAGAAUACAACUAAAGCCGAAGGCCAUAAGAACUUUCUGGAGAAUGAAUGUAUCGAGUGGUUACAGAAGUAUGUGUAUUAUGGCAGAGAAACUCUGGAGAGGAAAGUCCGUCCUGAGGCGUCUCUGUUCCAGAAGGACUCUUCUUCUCCAGUGGUGUGUCAUGCUACAGGUUUCUUCCCCAAAGCAGUGAUGAUCUCCUGGCAGAAGAAUGGAGAGGAUCUGCAUGAGGACGUGGAGCUCAGAGAGACGCUACCCAACCAGGAUGGAACCUUCCAGAAGAGGAGCGUUCUGACUGUCUCACCUGAGGAGCUGAACAAACACAACUACACCUGCAUCAUUCAGCACAGCAGCCUGGAGAAGGAGAUGGUGCUGCAGGUGGUUAAUCACAGAGUUUCAGGUGGAGUCUUGAUUGGUAUCAUCGUUGGUGCAGUAAUGUCUGUUCUCGUUAUCAUCAGUGUUGGAGUUUUUGUGUGGAUGAAGAAGAAGCAGCAGCAGCCGUCUGCUGUAACAGCUUCCACUCUUCUGAGAAGACUUUCCACAAGAUGUCGGAGUGUAUCUGUGAAUUAAAGAACACUGAAUCAUAUGUUUAAAAGUGAAGAAGUAGCAAAAUUAUCUAAAUUAAUCAGAUUAGCAAGAAGAAAUUGUUAAGAUGGUCUGAAGUUCACUUAUACUUUAUAUUUGCACAUUUUAUUCUACGAGACGUCCCUUCAUCACUCAUAGUCACUGAUCUGAUGAUCAAACUUUGAGAGAUGAUCAAUAUAAUAAUCUUCUCUAAUGAUCUCGUGGGCUUGAUUGUGAGUGAUGAGUUUAGCCCUGGGGUUGUACUGAACUCCUGCUCGGGAGGAUUGUGGGAGCAGCAGUGGACUGAAGCAGAAAAUGACAGAGAAAGAAAGAUGAUAACUUGCAGAACUUCAUUUAAACCGAAGAACUACAUGAAGAAAACUGCCACUCAGUAACAGAGUGGAUUAAAUAAGAGCUUUUCUCAUGUGUCUCAUCAAUAUGUUAUUAACGUUUGUUCAGUUUUCAAAAAGCAUUACUGCGUUUUCUCAUCACUACUUUUUCUGCCUAAGUCUUCUGGCCAACACUGUGUGUGUGUGUGUG